UCCUUCCUUUUCAUGCAGCUGCUGAUGUGGGGAGUGCCCACUUGAGUUCCUGUUAGGGAGAAGGGGGGUUCAUAGCUCUCCAAAGGGGCUCAAGCCGCUCUCCCGUCUCGUUUGGCCAGAAGGGGCGAAAAUUGAUCACAGUGCCGGACCAAAUCUUUUCCCGUUUCUGUGAAUGAAGGUGUGGUAGGAAAAUACUCUCUUCUCUCUUCAGAUGUGAUGUGGUCAUAAUAGCCAUGCAUAGAAGGAACUGUAGACCAAGGUGGAACCAGGUUCAUCGUUUCUGGUCCAUUGAUUUCCCUGUCCUGUUCAGUAUCCAAAUAACCCAAGUACAAAGCUUUCAUUGGCUCCUGUCGGGGUUCUAAAGGAGAGUAGGCUGGAUUAUGCUUAUAUCUGCUGCUUGCCUUGAGAAGGAGGGAUCUGUCUGAAGGAACUGAAUUGAGAAUCUAAGUCUUUUGGUGAAAUGAUUGAACCCAAAUUAGCGCAAGAACUGUGUUUGUUUCUUUUGCAUUUUGGGAAACAAGAUAGAUCAAGCUUUCAAUAGAAUUAUGGACUUCUGCCUUCCUAAGCAGCAUUCUAAACAGGAAAUGUAACAGAAUUCCAGAAGAAUAAGGUCAGCCAUGGCAGAUGUGAAGGUGGAUCCUCUGGAGAAAACCAGCCAUGUGGUCCAAAGAGCCGUCACUUGGGAAAUCUCAGACUCUGAAGCAGACAGUGAUGUUGAAUCAUGGAAAACCACAAGUGCUGCUGGCAGCCAUACACCUGCUGCCAUUUGCAAUUAUGCUGGGAAGGAAAAGCGUGAGGGAACGGGCAAAUCAAGUGAGGGGCUGUCUUUGGACUCAGUGUCGCGCAAAGCCUCUUCCUCUCUGAGCCUGAAGAAAAGGAGGACAAAGAGAUCUCUGGAGGAAAUGGAGGCAGAUCGGGCAAAACUGGAAGCGAGGAAGCUGGAGAGAGAACUCAAGAAAGAGGAGAGAAUGAUGAGGCGGAAGCAGAGCGCGCUUGAAAAGCAGAGGCAAAAGGAAGCAGCUGCCGCCUUGAAACUCUUGCGGCCCGAGCAGUGUAUGAAGCGCCUGACUGUGUGUGUGGAUCCAGGUCUCCUGGAGGAUCCUGGGUCAGAUGCUCUGCUGGAGGCUCUGGAGGCUUUGGAGUGUCACUGCUGCCUCGAGCCCCAGGCCCAGCCUUGCACCAUCACCUGGAGGAGAAAUGUUUCCAGCGACACUGAGGAGCCCCCAGAAAAGGCAGAAGAGGAAAGGGAGAUUUUGCUGCUCUUGGAGCCCAGAGAUUUUCUUAAGCGACUCUUCUCUGUCCUGCAGAGCACCAGCCCCGUGAGCCAGCGGGCCACUCCAGAUCUGAGCCAACUGUUGCCUUCUAGCAGCCCAGGAGACUGCUCUGCAAAGGUGCAUGACGUGGUGGUCAUUGGCCUGGAGGCCUUCCAGUGGUACAGUCGGCAUCACGGAGAAGCCCUGAACCCUGGGCCAGAGGAACGGAGCAGCUACGGAAGAUCCCAGCCUAGCCCAGAAUUGUUCAUGACGCAGCAGCAAAUGGAGGAGGCUCUGGUCAAAUUGCAGCUCUGGGGGAAUGCUGGUGUUUUGUUUCUGGAGACCUGGACAGAUCUCGCCCAGCAUGUUUCUGCAGUGACCAAAGCGAUAGCACGGCGCCCUUACAAGAAACACUUGGAGACCCAGCCCUUCUCCUUCUGCUCCACGGGCAGAUGGGCCAGCGGCGUCCGGGUCCGUGAGGAUGGGACGGGCCUGCGAGAGGCCUGGUGCCGGCAGAUCCAGCAGUUCAGCAGGGCGAGCCCUACCGUGGCGGAAGCGGUGGCCAGAGAGUACCCGUCGCCUCGUCUCCUGUUGCAGGCCUACGAGGAGUGCAGCACAGAUGGAGACAGGCAGCUCCUCUUGAGUGACGUGCAGGUCGCCACGGAGGGAAGAGGGCGAGCACGCCGCGUCGGCCCUGACUUGUCCCGCAGGAUCUACCUCUUCCUGGUAUCGAGCAACCCUGAGCUUGUUCUGGACUGGAGUGCGUAGAGAAUCCAGUGUCUCUCCUCCACCCACCCCGAUCCCUGCCAGAGUGCUGCUGCCUUAGUUGCCAAGGAUUGGCACAGAUCAGUAAAGCACUUUGUUGAUGAUGCA